CCAUGACCCCACCACGUGGUUGAACGCGGAAAUGUGUUGCAGAAUCGAGGAACAGCUCUUGAUGUAGUAAUUUGAUGAUCUGAUUUCUGUGUUUGCUUCGUACGUGACAGUUUUGUAAUAAACAUGGCAGGUGGCAGCAGAGAAGAGAAACUAAAACGCAUAACUGAAUCAAUACGUGCGUUUCCUGACUUCCCAAUCAAAGGAAUUCUGUUUCGAGACAUUUGUCCAAUACUCAAGGACCCAAAGGCAUUGGCUGCAGUAAUUGACUUGUUUGAGGAGCAUGUCCGACAAAACCACAAGGAUGUUGAAGUAAUCGUUGGUCUGGAUGCACGGGGGUUUCUAUUUGGGCCCCUGCUGGCUCAAAGGUUAGGGAUUGGCUUUGCCCUCGUGAGAAAGAAGGGCAAGCUCCCCGGACCCACAGUCUCAGUGUCCUAUGCUCUGGAAUAUGGCAAGGCUGAGGUGGAAAUCCAGGAGGAUGCUGUGGCUCCAGGACAGAAAGUCUUACUAAUCGAUGACCUUUUGGCCACUGGGGGGACUCUUAACGCCGCAUGUGAGCUUAUGAAGAAACAGCAAGCAGUUGUGAUUGGCUGCUUGGUAGUAGUGGAAAUGAAGGAUCUUAAUGGAGCGGACAAAUUGAAGCCCCACACCGUGUUCUCUCUGGUGCAAUACUAAACACACAGCUUGACAACUGUUCCUUCACAUUUUACAUGCUGGGAGUGCUGUGCGCCACUCGGUAACAAGACUGGCCAAACACCUGUCCUCACGCUCUCCAAAGUGACAUGUUUUAUGGUCCGAGACAACGUCCAUUGGUUUUGGCUGGCAGGAGAGACCCCUAAAAGCUCCCUGUCCUGCUUUUGAAAUUAAUGGGAAGUGUUUCACAAGGAAAAAACACAAAGACUGAAUCAAAAAGUCAAUUCAUUGCUGUAAAUCGAACAGACAUUAUUGGAAUGGGAUUAGGGAAUGUGUCAAAUGGCACACAAUACCAUCACUGUUGCAUUUUUUUUAAAUUAAUUUGUCUCAGAAACAUUUAUGUCUUGAUAUUUCUUGUUGAAGAUGAUCAUGUCAUGCUGUUAAGAAGUUUAUUAAAGUUAAUUGCAAAUGUUUUAAUGUGCCUAUGCAAAAUUGAGCACAUUGCCGUUUCAACCAAAAGUUAUUUUGUUUUGGAUGAACAAAUGUCCUUUUUUAACUGAAGACAGAAACGUAUUACAGUUGUGAUGAGUUGUGUUUAAAGGGAUCACACAUUUUGGAAUAUAAAAUGCUACUCAACACUU